AUGUUACAAGAUGUACAAAUGCAGCCUGAUCUCACAACAUCAGUAGCUCAGGUCCUCGUUGAGAGGCAGCAGCAUCUUCAUAAAUGGGCUGCAAUGCCUCAUAAAGGGGAUUCAAUGCUACAUUUGGACUAUCUCAGGUGUUUAAACACAGCUCAACUUCUGGAGCUCCUGGAAGACGAGGAAAGGAUGCAAGAAACUGUCAGACUCAAUACAAAGUUACAGCAUCUUCAGAGGUGUAAAAAGAUCUUGAUGGCCUCCAACUGUUGGCUUGCAGAGCAGAACUUAGCAAAUCAGCCACAUCUUAACAACUCUAAAAAGCUUUUAGCAGGAAAGUACCAGAUUCUUGGUCAAAUGGUGUCUUCAGUGCAACACAAACAGAGAAAGUUGGAAACUUUGCAGCAGAAACUCAGCCUUCGAGUGAUUCAUAAGCUUCUUAAGAAGAAGACCAAUCAUACCUUGAGUCAGUCUGAGAAUCUCUGGCAGAAGUUGAUAGAAGGAAAACUUCUGCUGACAGAUUUUGUGGAAUCACUUCAAAGCUCUCAGACGUUGUGUCAUCUACGCCUUUUUCAAGCUGAAAAGAUCCAAAACCUCAUCAUACAAGCACAGAUAUACAGUCAAGAUGCUGAUUUUUGCUGUCUUGGGCAUCAUCCAAACUUUCUGCACUCACCGACCACAAUCAAUGUUUUCAGUGGCAGCGCUCCUGUUAUCUCGCUGCCUGGUUUCCAGUAUCCUCCUUUAUCUCCAACAUCACAUCUUCCUCCUCUAAAGCCUCAUGGCUGUGUCGACACAUGCUCGACUUUGAUAUCCAAAAACGAGUCGCGCUCUGAGACUCGCCGAUGGCCACAAAGACAUGCUGCUUUACAGCCACUUGAGAAGAUUCAACCUAACAUUUGCCAGACUCCCUAG